GAGCCAAAUGAUGUCACUCCUGCUACCCUCCAGGGCCCCUGGGAGGAGGAAUCGGGGCCUGACUCAGACCAAGUCCCACCACCAACCACUCUGAGGGUGAAGUGGCAAAAGGAGGAGGAAGGGCUCCGGCAGGACUGCGGUAAGGUAGGCCGGGCAGGGGUCUGAGAGAGAAUGACGUGGGGCCAGAAUCCAGGACUUUGGGAGCAAGGGGAUGUGGUCCAAGGAAUCUGGCAAGUGAGGGACAUUCCCCAAGUCCAGUGCCACAGUGCUGUCUAGCUUGGUUCUGGCAGCCCAGGAGGAGGUGGUCUCCAACAGCAGCUAGAGGAUGUGAGGUGAGAGCUCAGAGGAGGGAUGAGGUGCAUAAGGCCAGAUGAGUCUGCUCCCCCUUCCAGACAGUCCGCCUGCUCUGUUCACAGCCUGCCUCCCCAACCCCAGGGCCCAGCACCAGCUGAUCCAAUGGUACACACUUGCAGACCAAAUGAGGAAGGUGGCCCACCCCCACGGCAGGGUGUGCUACUUCCACCCGACACUGCUGCCCCCACCCCGUGCUGUCUCUUGGCUGCAGUUUUGCCCCAUUGUCCUGGUUUUCUUCUCUUUUCUGUAGCGGUUGCUUCUGAACUUCCUUCUCUGGUUCCUUUCUUCCUCCCUUUAAAUGUGGGUGUUCCUUGGAGCUUGGGUGGGUUCACGGACUCCUGUGGCCUCAAAGGUGGUUUGCUGACUCCCAGACCUGUCUCUGGCCUAGCCUUCUCUCCUGAGCUCCACACUCUUUGGUCAGCAGGGGUUCUUGGACAUCACAUCUAAAAUCAGAUUCCCCAUCUCCCCCGUAGUGUAUGGCAAGCCCCACAUGGAGAGGUGACUCCUGCAGGUGCUGGGCUAAGCAUUAUUUCAGCAAGUCCUCCACAACUCUAGAGCAGGAAACUGAGGCUUAGAGAAGCGGAGCCAGGAUCUAAACUCCUUCCCACAUGAAUCCAUCUGUGAUCUCCAUUCAUUCUUUCAACAAAGAUUUAUUGACAGUUUUCAUAUCCAAGGCACAUGAGAAGGACAAGACCUGGCCCCAUGGAGCUUCCAGUCCAAUGGAGACUGAUAGGCCAUAAACACAUGCCUAGUUAAAGCAUGCCACGUUACUUGCCCAACGAGUGUGGGAGUGGGGCUAUGAACCCAGUGAGAGCCUCUCCCUCAGAGCCCCUGUUGUAGUUACAACUUGACAUUUGUUGUAACUUGGGCUGUGAGAUCCCCAAGGCCUGGGAUGCCCUUGCUUUACUUCCACUUAUCCCUGGGGUCUGUCUUCACAGUCCAUGCUAAUGAAUAUUUGUAGACUAAAUGAUGGGUGAGGUAGACCCUCCACCCCAACUGGUAGUCACUGGACUGGAAAUUGAGGGGGCACCUCUGGUCUCUCCCAGCCCUCCAUCCUGAGCUAGUAGUCAUCAGCUCAUGGAUCCUGCCUCCAAAUCCAUCAACUCUCUGUUGGCCUGGCCCAAGUUACCCUCAUCACUUCCUGGACAACCCCGCCCUUGGCACUCCCAUCCAUUCUCCAUACAGCACUCACAGUGAGAGACAUAUAUUACACACACACCUGUGUAUGUAUGUAUACAUGUGUACACACACACACACACACGUUUUUCUUUUUAAGUAGCCUCCAUGCCCAACGUGGGGCUUGAACUCAUGAUCUGGAGAUUGUGAGUCCCAUGCUCUACCAACUGAGCCAGCCAGGCGCCCCCAGAGUGAUAUAUUUUAAUAACAAAAAGAUCUCCCUUAAAAAAAGACAAUACAGACAUACAUGCUUGUGAACAUUUCAAGAGAACAGAAGCCCAUCGAGUAAAGAAGUGAAACCCCUUCACCAUCUCUCCCGUUGUCAGUUUGGUGUACAUCUUCCAGAGCCCUUUAGCCUUCCCAGUGGAGUUCUCCAGAAUUUCCUGCCACUCUCCCUGUCUCUGAACUCAUAGUCCCCUUGGUCUGGGACACUUCCACAAACCCCUUGCCCUUAGCAGCUCCUCCCUGGCACUUCGUCAGACGCACGCCAGUCAGUUCCCAUUGGAUAUGCCAGGUGAUGGGGAGUUUUCUUUAAUUCUUAGUACUGUUUCACAUAUUGCAAUAAGUAUAUAUCAUUGUUAUUAUUUUAGCUUUUUGGGGAAAAUAAUUAUAGAUCGUAGGAAGUUGCAAAGAUUGGUUACUUCUUAUGUAACUAUAGCACACACAAUCAGGAAAACGAUCUUGAUAUGAAAUAUACAUAUAUUUCUUUGUCAUGUUGUCCCAUAUGUAGAUUUGUGUGACGGGCAAUAUGCAGCACAAUUUCAUCACUGCAGAGAUCUCCCUCUUGCUACCCAUUUUGGCCACGACGCACCCCUCUCCCCCAACCAUCCCUAACCCUGCACCCACUAAUCUGUUUUCCAUCUCUAUUAUUUGGCUUUUGAAAAACCUCCCCAAAAUACUGAAUCACAGACUAUCAGUGAAAGUAAAUGACAGGCAAGGAAGCAGAAGUGGAGGUCAGACUGCUCUGUGGUGAAAGGAAUUACAAACGUUAGGAACUGGGCCAGCUAGGAAGGUAGGCACGGGCAGGCGCAUGGGCAUAGGGAGAUCUGUAGUGCGGCUGAGUAGCACUGGCCUUGCCUCUCAGUCCGUCCCUCACCAGGCUCACAUGAGGACAGAUUAGCGGUCAGAGCCCCUGCCUUGGUUAUUUCCUUAUGUUCCUCUUGUCACACUGGUAGGAACUGCUUCACCUGAAGUCUGUCUCUUCCAUUGACCCCUCAGCGCUAAAAAGUGGGACUUGACCUUCCUCUCUGUGGCUUCCCCAGCUCUUGGUUGAAGGACUGCUGAAUGAGGCAGGGGCACAGAUGAGAUGACCCUCACCCCCAUUCUAGGCCUGGGGGCAGCUCAGAUGGCCUACCAGGUGGUGGAAAAGAGCGCGGCCCUGGGGGCCCUGGAGGCGACGCUGGAGGAGCGGCAAAGCAGGCUGGCGGCUCUGGAGGCCUGCGCGGCCGAGCUGCAGGAGGCGAGGGCGCGGCAGACCCAGCAAGUGGACGCACAGCGGGCGCUGAACGUGGCGCAGCGGGCGGCCUACGAGGCGCUGCGCGCGCAGGCCAGGCUCCGGGAGGCGGCCCUGCGCAGGCUGGAGGAGGAGGCGCACGACCUGCUGGAGCGGCUCGUGCAGCGCAAGGCGCGCGCCGCCGCCGAGCGCAACCUGCGCCUCGAGCGCCAUGAGAAGGCCAAGCAGGCGCGGAUGUCCUUGGAGCUAAAGAAGGCUGCCAAGCGGAUAGUGAGCAUCAGCGAGAGCCCAAACACCAUAGGCGGGAUCAGAGAGGAGGCUGAGACUCUGGCCCUGCCUGCUGAGCCCCUAUCCCUGAAGAGUGGGACUGGUGAGAAGUGGAAGAGGCCCUUCAGAUCUGCCUCUGCCACCUCCUUGACACUCUCCCGCUGUGUGGAUGUGGUGAAGGAGCUUCUGGAUUUCAAGAAGAGGAGAGGCCACUCCAUUGGGGGAGCUCCUGAGCCGCGAUACCAGAGCAUCCCUGUGUGUGUGGCUGCCCAACCUCCUACCCAGGUUCAGGAUGUGCUGGAUGCCCACCUUUCCGAGGUCAAUGCUGUUUCUUUUGGCCCCAGUAGCAGCCUCCUGGCCACCGGAGGGGCUGACCGCCUCAUCCACCUCUGGAAUGUUGUGGGAGAUCGUCUGAAGGCCAACCAAACCCUUGAAGGAGCUGGUGGCAGCAUCACCAGUGUGGACUUCGACCCUUCGGGCUCACAGGUAUUAGCAGCUACUUACAGUCAGGCCGCCCAGCUCUGGAAGGUGGGGGAGGUACAGUCCAAGGAGACACUGUCUGGACACACGGACAAGGUGACGGCUGCCAAGUUCAAGCUAACAAGGCACCAGGCGGUGACUGGGAGCCGAGACCGGACAGUGAAGGAGUGGGACCUCGGCCGCGCCUACUGCUCCAGGACCAUCAAUGUCCUUUCCUACUGUAACGAUGUGGUGUGUGGGGACCAUGUCAUCAUCAGUGGCCACAAUGACCAGAAGAUCCGGUUCUGGGACAGCAGGGUCCCCUGCUGCACCCAGGUCAUCCCCGUGCAGGGCCGGGUCACCUCCCUGAAUCUCAGCCAAGACCAGCUGCAUCUGCUCAGCUGUUCCCGAGAUGACACACUCAAAGUCAUUGACCUUCGUGUCAACAAUAUCCGCCAGGCGUUCAGGGCUGAUGGCUUCAGGUGUGGUUCUGACUGGACCAAAGCCGUGUUCAGCCCGGACAGAAGCUAUGUCCUGGCAGGUUCCUGGGACGGAGCCCUUUACAUCUGGGAUGUAGACACUGGCAAGCUGGAGGGUAGUCUGCGGGGACCCCACUGCACUGCCGUCAACGCCGUGGCCUGGUGCUCCUCGGGGAGCCAUGUGGUGAGCGUGGACCAGGCCAGGAAGGUUGUGCUCUGGCACUAGCCAUGACUUCUCCUGCCAGGGCUGGAGCUCGAGUCUGAAGCCCAAAGCCAGAAGACAGCUUCCCACUGCUCACAGGGCUCCAGAGCAAGUGGGGCUGGAGGUGGAAUGGGAGGGGGGUGGCCUUGGGGCUUAAUGGGGAAUAAGGCCUGGCAGGACCUGGCCUGUCUGUUUGGAAAAAAAAAAGGUGUGUGUGUCGGGGGGGAAUUACAGUAUUUUUUGCUUGUUUUA